AGGAGGGUGGUGCGGGAGGCUGAGCAGUGGGCCCGGGCUGGCCUUGACCAAUCGGAGCUCGACAGCAGCCAGCACCCAGCCAGACCACACUCUCUCGCCUCGCGGCGUCUCCCCUCCUCCCCUCCCUCACCACCGAUCGAUCCCUCUUCCUCUCCUCCCUUCCCCUUCCCUUUAAAGCUAGCCAGCUAGCUAGCCACCUACCUGCCUCGCCUCACCUCACCGGCGGCGACCCACCCGCCGUCCGUCCAUCUUUCACUAGCUGCUGCUGCUGCUGCAUCAGGAGGCGGCCGGAUCGGAGGGGGACGACGACGGACAAGUUAAGAAUAAGAAGAAGAAGAAGAGAGGGAUCCGUCGAUCGAUCGAUCGAUCGACCAAGGCAGCAAGCAAAGACGAGAUGGGGCGCGGCAAGGUGCAGCUGAAGCGGAUAGAGAACAAGAUAAACCGGCAGGUGACCUUCUCCAAGCGCCGCAACGGCCUCCUCAAGAAGGCGCACGAGAUCUCCGUCCUCUGCGAUGCCGAGGUCGCCGUCAUCGUCUUCUCCCCCAAGGGGAAGCUCUACGAGUACGCCACCGACUCCCGCAUGGACAAAAUUCUUGAACGUUAUGAGCGCUAUUCCUAUGCUGAAAAGGCUCUUAUUUCAGCUGAAUCUGAAAGUGAGGGAAAUUGGUGCCAUGAAUACAGGAAGCUGAAGGCCAAAAUUGAGACCAUACAAAAAUGCCACAAGCACCUGAUGGGAGAGGAUCUAGAGUCUCUGAAUCUCAAAGAACUCCAACAACUAGAGCAGCAGCUGGAGAGCUCAUUGAAGCACAUCAGAUCAAGAAAGAGCCACCUUAUGGUCGAGUCCAUUUCUGAGUUACAGAAGAAGGAGAGAUCACUGCAGGAGGAGAACAAGGCUCUACAGAAGGAACUUGCCGAGAGGCAGAAGGCGGCCGCCAGCAGGCAGCAGCAGCAGGUGCAGUGGGACCAGCAGACCCAGCAGGCCCAGGCCCAGACAAGCUCAUCAUCUUCCUCCUUCCUGAUGAGGCAGGAUCCACAGGCGCUGCCGCCUCCACAAAACAUCCGGUUCCCACCGGUGACGAUAGGGGAGAGAGGCGAAGAGGCCGCUGCAGCGGCACAGCAGCAGCAGCAGCAGCCAGGGCAGGCACAGCCGCAACUUCGCAUCGGUGGCCUGCCGCCAUGGAUGAUCAGCCACCUCAAUGCUUGAGCAGGCGACAACACGUCGACCUCGACCACCACAACCACCACCACCACACCAUGAUUAAUUGCCGUGCCUAUCCAUCGAUUGCGAGCAUCCUCACCUGCAAAAGUGGUUGCUCACCGUUGGUUGAAUCCUAGCAUAAGUUCAUGGCAGCGAUUAAGCUAAACUAUUGUUAUGUUUGCAAGAAGAAGGGUAACCACUGUAUAAUCUCUUGUCCAGCAUGUACGUACCAACUGAUGCAUGCCCCUAUAUGCCUGUAUUAUCGGCCAAGUUACCCCAUGAAUCUAGUGCUUUUGUUGAAACUAAAGGGUGCAGAUCAAACAUGGUUUAUGUAAAUAGUUUUAAUUAUUAUUAGGAUUAUUACUACUGCUGCUACCUCUGCCAGUAAGUAAGUAAGUAAGUAAAAUUAAUGGGACAAUGAAUAAAGCCGUCCUUAAUUGCGCUGC